AUGGAAUUCUCAAGUACAACAUGGCUGUCGAUUACAGGAAGCACUUUUUAUUAUAUUUCCUUGCCAAUUAUUGUUAUUUCCAACUGGCUGUUGGCUAUUCUUAGGAUUGCUCUGGCCCCACUGCUACAUUUGGGAAACUCUUUGGUUUCUGCUAUGCUUCUUCCCUUGAGAGUAGUCGCGAAAUUCGAGACCAUCAUCAUAUUCUUGGGGUCUGCAAUCGUCAUCGGCUUGAUCACAGGUUUGUUGUUACGAGUUUCCUCCAACAUACUCGCAUCACUGUUCAAAUUGACAUCAGACCCUGAAGACACGGAUCGUUCUGUGGCAUCGAUACGCGCCGCACGAGAACAUAAGAAGAGAAACUCGAAAUCGGAUCCAUUGAAAUGGAAGGUCGACCCUUCUGUGGAGAAGAGACAUUCCGGAUGGCUGGAAAAGGAUGGAGGCAGAAAGAAGGACGAGCACGGGCUAUCGGCGCAGAUCAUAAUUGAGGAAGAUGAUGACUCCGAUGAUGGAUUUUAA